AUGCCGCCGCCGCCUUCGACCGUCGACCUGCUGGUGCUCACCUUCAACUGCGCCAAGACGCUUGUCAACGUGCCAGUCUUUGCCAACCACGUGCACACGGCCUUUACCAACAAUGCCUCCAGCUUGCCGGAUAUCGUGGUCCUAUCCCUCCAGGAAAUUGCUCCGUUGAGCAUAUCCUUCAUAGGAAACUACUUCCUCCGCCCGUACUACUCGCGGUUUGACGAGGCCAUCAAUCUCGCGGCGCGGCGCCACGAGCAAAACGGCCGUCGGUCGGGGGACGACGCGCAACCUGCCAGUGCCACGACGCAGGCCGCGCAGGGUGCGGCCCAGCCGGAGCCGGAGCAGGGGCAGGGGCAGGAGCAGGAGCAGGAGCAGGGGCAGGAGCAGGAGCAGCCUUUCACGCUGGUUGCCGCCCGCAACGUGGGAUACACCGCGAUACUGCUCUUCGCCAGGGACCCGCGGCGGAUACGGAACCUGCAGGACGCCGAGGUCGGGUUCGGUGCCGCCGAGAUGGGCAACAAGGGCGCCGUGGGCUUGAGGGCGCUCUACGACGCCGGCGACGGCGGCGGCCAGCUGGCGACGACCGAGCUGACCUUUGUGGCCACGCACCUAGCCGCCAUGGAGUGGAACCUGGCGCUGCGGAACGCGAACUGGGCCGCCAUUAUGCGGGCGAUGACGUUUGGCGACCCGGAGACGAUACUCGACAGGUUCAGGGGACCGGAGGGAACGCCGCCACCGCCUCGCGUGCAUUCAAACGACCACGACCACGACCACGACCACGACCACGACCACGACCACGAUGAACACGACGACCACGACCACGAGACCCGUCGCUUGCUGCGGGAAACCCACCACGAGGAGCACCUCCACGUCCGGCGCGCCCUGCACGACAUCUCCAUCUUCAAGCCCUCCUCGCACCUCUUCGUCGCGGGGGACCUCAACUACCGCAUCUCCACGUCGCCCCCGCCCCCCUCCAACGCCGCCUUCCCCAGCCUGGACCCAGCGUCCGACAGCUACUACCCGGCCUUCCUGCCCCUGGACCAGCUCACCCGCGAGAGGGCGGCCGGCCGGACCAUGCACGGCCUGUCGGAGCCCGAGGUCCGCUUCCCCCCCACGUACAAGUACAAGGCGCUCCCGAGGCGGACGGGUCUGGACGACGAGCACGAGGGCCCCGUGCCCUGGGAGUUUGCCCCGCACCGGUACCCCGGCUGGACCGACCGCGUCCUGUACCUGGACCUCCCUCCGUGGCUGCCCAAUUCGCCGGGCGGCCGUCCCGGCAUCACGGUGCUGGCCUACGACGCCCUCCCGCUCCUGCGGACCAGCGACCACCGCCCCGUGUACCUGAGGGCGCGGGUUCCCCUGGUGCCGCCCGAGGACAUGGCGCCGCCGCAGCCGCCCUGCGAGCCGGGGCAAGGCACCAACACCGGCACCGGCACCGGCACCGACGCCGGCGUCGGCGGGUGGUCGGACCCGCGGGCCCGGCUGCCCGUGGAGAUUGACCCGGAGGCCUGGGCGCGGAGGCGAGCCGCGCGGCUGAAGGAGCUGGCGGCCGGGUGGAGCGGCUCCCUCUGGAGCACGCGCGAGGGGGCGUGCGUGCUGGCGACGCUGCUUGCCGCGGGGCUCGGAGUCUACUACCUGUGCAGAACGGCGUGA